AUGAACCCUCACCCCCCCCAGCCACCACACUCCCUGCCCCAACUCCUGCCAACGACCACCACGACCACCACCACAACCCACCGAACAACCUACUACCAGCCACACUCAAACAGCUCAUCAGCAGAACAGCUCAGCCACCAGCCAGAACAACACCCACUCCCACAGCGACAGCCCCCAGAACAACACCAGCACAAACUGCCAGCUGCACAGCCACUCGAACUGCGCUCCUACUCAGGCAAACAGCCACUCCCAACAACCCAGGAAGCCAACCCACUCGUCAUCCAACAGCACCAACAACGACGGCCCAAGAAAAAACAGCCCAGGGUCUACCAGGCCCACCCCGGAAACCUUGUCUUCUGCUGUCGCGGCAGACUAGUCAGCUCGCGCCCGGCCCACUCCAUCCCCCUCAGCCGCCGCCGCACGGCCAGUCGCCCAGCCGAGCCCCAGGAAGAUACAGAAGGCGACGAGCGGAGCGAUGGCCGCCCGGGGCCUCGGCUCGCGAUGGCCAGGACAGUCGCCUCCGACCCCGGCAUCCUGCCCCGCGGCCUCGACCCGAACCCGGAGAUGGUCUGGAAACCGGCCUCCAUCCCCCCCGCCGAGCCUCCCCCCCCGCCUCCUAUCGACGACCAGCGGAGGGAGAAGCCGUUCGAGUACGACCAGGUCGGCCAGUGGGAGCUCCUCCCCCGCUGGAUCAAGCUCGAAAACACCCCCCGCGCCUCCCGCCUCUCCAACACCACCUCCCAGCAGCCCGUCCCGCUCGACUUCGUCUCCGACGAGGACGUCGGUUGGAUCCAGUCCAAGUGGUGCACCACCUGCGAAUCCUAUCGGCCCCCUAGGUCGUCCCAUUGUCGGAUGUGCGACUGCUGCAUCGACGGUGUUCACUACCUCAACAAUUGCAUCGGCUCGCGCAACUACCGCUCCUUCUUCACCUUUCUGAUGGCGAGCGUGCUGAGUCUGAUGCUGAUGAUCGGCUGUGCGAUAUGGCGGCUGUUCUUCAUCCGGGACCCGCCGCAGCAGCCGGUGGCGAGUGAGGCAGGCGAGGGUGCGAGCGACGGGGCCACCAGCCAGGCCGUGCUCGCCACCCUGGGCCAGAACCCCCUGGCCAUCGUUGUCCUCGUGCUCUCCUUCAUCCUGCUCCUCCCGAUCGCCUCUCUCCUGGGGUACCACAUGUUCCUGACCUUCCACGGCUUGACGACGGUGGAAUACAUCAAGAGCCAGACGACCAAGCGGGUAUUGAAGGAGAACAAGAAGCUAGUCAGCCAGCUGUACCGGCCGGGCGAAGCGCACGGCGGCCGGCGGGCCGGAGGGGGAUGCAAGCGGGCCUGGACGACGGCCAUGCGCAGCCUGUUCCUCAUCACCCCCGACCCACACGCCCUGCCCGGCUCCACCACACACGCCUCCAUCCUCCCCGGCCCCGCCGCCUCCAACCGCGCCUCGAACGCCCCUAAUCAUUCCCCCCCGCCCCAGAUCAGACGCCCGAAUAACUUCAUCAUCGCCCGCCUCUGUCGCCCCGACACCGACACCUAUGUCCAGUGGUCCGACCCGCUCUGA